AGAUUAUAAAUGGCUUACGAAAGACUGUGCUUUACUGUGCCUGACUGGAAGCGUUGUUUGGGAAACAUGUUUUUAAUGCUUUAACAGCGCGUGCAAAUAAAGGCAACAUCAAUGCAAUAGCAACAAAGAAAAAUUGUACAAAGCUGCCACACACAAAUUAACAUAAUUAAGGUGCGCGCAUAAUGAUCAAAUGACAACGUGAGAGAUACCAAAAAAAAAAUAUAUAUAUAUAUAUAUAAAAAUAAAACUAAAACAACAGCAAAUAUACUGAAACUAAAAACUGAAAGCGACUGCCGAGCAGUCGAGCACUUAUUACGGAGUGUAAAAGGCCGAAAAUAGCGAACAGCACGAAAAUUGGAAGCACGAGGGAUCAUCAACACUAUAAAAUUCAAAUGAGGCGACAACGACAACGACAACAGCAGCAAUAACAACGACAACUAUAUAGACAGAGGCAUCAGUCAGGCACGAAAGCGAAAUGUGCAUCUUAAACGCUACACUAAUGCGCUCUACACAAUCGAUAAAAAGCAGCAACACCAGCAACAACAACAGCAACCACAACAAUUGCAUAAGCAGCAAAGCGGCGCUUUGCUGAGCGACUCCAAAACCAUCGCCUCCAGCGACCUCAUUUCAACAAAUCGCAAUCUUUGCUUUAGCUCAUCGAGACCCUAGAGCGAGAGAAAUAUUCAGAGCUAAGCAGAUUUUUAUUUAUUUAUUUGUUUUUUUUUGCUACUAUAAUAUUUGCAUUACGCAUACGCAACGUUGGCCUUUAAGAUGGAUGCCAUGGAGCUACUGCAUGUGCUGUACAUCAAUAUUGUUUGUAUAUUGAAGAUCUAUGUGAAAUUUGCGCUCAUCACGCUGGUCAUUUACUUCAUAGCCGAGUGGUAUAUUGUGCGCUAUGGCGACGAAUUGGAGGCCGAGCUGGAUGCCCAAGUGGCCCAAGGGGCGGCGGCCGAAGAGCGUCCGGCCUCAAAUAGUACGUUAAAUAAAGUUGUUCGCUUCGUUUUGAACUUUUUUAUCAUAUAAGCUGGAAAUGGUCUCCCUUAGCAGCAAGGUCAACUCUGUAUUCGAAACACGAACACGAACACGAACACAAACUCGAGCUCGAGUUCGAAUUCGAAUUGGAGCUCGAACUUAUUGCGGAAUUGCAAUUCGCUGUGUGUGCCUUGCUUUUUGUUUUAAGUUGUUAGCGACCGCCAAGGCCUGCAAGAGAAUGUAAAACCCAACCAGUUAUCAUAAGUAAGCAAAACAAAAACAAAAACAAUAACAAUAACAAACGCGACAACAAAUGCAUUCUUUUUCAUGUAAUUACGUACACGACAACAACCUGAAAACGGGUUGAACGACUUUUCGAUUUGUUACAAAAUAACAAUAAAGGCAAUUUUGCAUGCAUUUUGUUCUUUGAGACCUUAACAAA